AUGUCAUCAGAGAUAUGUGGAGCAAUAAUGGAUCCAUCUAGUGACAAUCUUGAGCAUGAGGUCACAGUUGUGGCGGUGGCAGAUGCAAGGGAGGUAGAGGAAGGAAGAGUCUUCCGUAACAAGGAGAUAAUGAAAUUGAGCUUGUCGUUUUAUGCAAUCCAGAACAUGUUUGAGUACGUGGUUGUUCGGUCCGAUAAGAAAGACUAUCUUGUAAAAUGUUCACGUGAUGAGUGUAAUUGGAUACGUAGAGCAUCGAAGCUAGCCAAAACAGAUAUGUUUAAAAUCAGAUACAUUGCAGAAGGUCACAUAUGUGCUUCAAACAUCGUACUCAGUACUCAUAGGCAAGUAACAAAGACGAUUGUUUCAACUUGCAUUAAGUACAAGUACACAUCAUCGCGCACAUUAUACACACCGAAUGAUAUACGCAACGAUAUGCUGUAUACAUAUGGAGUAUCUUUGAAUUAUUUCCAAGCUUGGCGAUCUCGAGAGGAAACUCUGAAAGUGCUUAGGGGUGAUCCAACUGAUUCAUUCAAUAAGAUACUUGCCUUUUUUUCUGUGCUACAACAAAUAAAUCCUGGAUCAGUCACAAGUCUAGAAAUUGAUGGUCACAAUAGGUUUAAAUAUUGCUUCAUGGCACUAGGCGCAUCUAUACGGGGAUGGAAACAUUGUAGGCCAAUUGUUGUGGUUGAUGGCACCUAUCUAAAUGGACACUAUGGUGACACCUUAUUCACGUUGAGAAAAGCAUAUGGGGAUAGAGACAGUUUGUGCUUCGUGUCGGAUCGUCACAACAGCAUCAAAAAGGCGAUUGAAAACGUGUAUCCGGGAGCAUGUCACGGGAUAUGUUCGUACCAUCUACUACAAAAUCUAAAAUCACGGUACGGGAGAUCAGGACAAAACAUAACACAAGCAUUCAAUGCAGCUGUUCGUGCCUACACACUAUUGGAAUAUGAAUAUUACAUACAACAACUCGGCUCGAUUAAUGAGAAGAUAAGGGGUUAUCUGGAUGAAGUUGGACUUGAGAGAUGGUCACGUUUCCACAUGCCUUCAAACCGAUAUUCUACAAUGACAUCGAAUAUUGUGGAGUCGGUUAAUGCGGUCACAAAACACAAGGAGGACGCCCAAGGCACUUUUACAACCUUGUCAAUCAAGUAUGAGAAGAAGAUGAGGGAAAUGAGUACAGAUAUAGAAACUUGA